GAUUGAACCCGCUAUCCAACGCCGUCGGUGUCAUUUUGCUCCCGCGCUCGCUCGUCGUCAUGGCCAAGGACAAGAAAGUGCGCAAGUUUGCCGCGGUGAAGCGCAUGAUCAGUCCCAAGGACACUCGCAUCAAAUCUGUCCAAGCCGUCGCGGCCAAGAAGGACCUCAAGAAGAAAGAGAAGGAAGCUCCCCGUCAAAUUGAUCAAAUCCCGUCCAACUUGUUCUUCAAGUACAACGCCGAGCUGGGCCCGCCGUACAACAUUUUGGUGGAUACCAACUUCAUCAACUUUAGCAUCAAAAACAAAUUGGAAGUGGUGUCUGCGAUGAUGGACUGCCUCUUGGCCAAGUGCAUUCCUUGCAUCACGGACUGCGUGAUGGCCGAGUUGGAAAAGCUCGGCCACAAGUACCGCGUGGCGCUGCGACUCGCCAAGGACCCGCGGUUCGAGCGCCUGCCAUGCACGCAUAAAGGCACGUACGCCGACGACUGUUUGUUGCACCGCAUUCAAUCGUCGCGAUGCUACAUUGUGGCCACAUGCGACCGCGAGCUCAAGCGCCGCAUUCGCAAGGUGCCCGGUGUACCCAUCAUGUACAUUGCCCAGCGCAAAUACGCCAUUGAACGCAUGCCCGAAGCGAACGCCGCCAAGAUCAAGUAGUAGUACUAGUAGUAGUCCAAGCAUCAAAGUGUAUAUUUAACAAGCCGCCGAUUCUACGCCG